CCACACUGCAUUCCCAAACCGACCGAGUUGUUCGAUCGAAAAGUUCUACAAGUUUCUCGUGUUAUAACUUAAACUCUGCUUUCAGUAGCUAAAAGUCAAUAAUGGUGGUCAAAGCUGUUUGCGUUAUCAAUGGCGAUGCCAAGGGCACCGUUUUCUUCGAACAGGAGUCGUCUGGUACACCCGUUAAAGUAACGGGAGAAGUUACUGGUCUGGCGCAAGGUCUGCAUGGAUUCCACGUGCAUGAGUUUGGCGACAACACCAACGGAUGCAUGUCAUCAGGACCCCAUUUCAACCCCCACAAGAAGGAGCACGGUGCACCCACAGACGGUGAGCGCCACUUGGGCGAUUUGGGCAACAUCACGGCCAGCGGCGACGGUCCCACUGCGGUCGAUAUCACCGACAGCCAGAUAACUCUCUUUGGCGAGAACAGCAUCAUUGGACGCACUGUUGUGGUCCAUGCGGAUGCCGAUGAUCUUGGCAAGGGUGGCCACGAGUUGAGCAAGACAACUGGCAAUGCUGGCGCACGCAUUGGUUGCGGUGUGAUUGGUAUUGCUAAAAUCUAAAUGGGCCACUUAAUGGUUAUAUUACAUAUAUAUACAUACAUACAUACUUUAUGCAUAUACUAAUAUAUGAAUGGAAUUUAGCUUACUAAUAGCAGGUCAUUAUCUACGAUUCCCCUUGAUUUGUUACUUGUUUCAACUUUUAAAGACAACCUUUAAGGUUCAAUAAAUGGUGUUUUCAAAUUGGAAAUAA